ACAACCCGGAUUAUCUUCCCUCAUAUUAUCCAUUUUAUUUUCCAAACAUAUACCCAUACCAUAUCUUCCAUAAAUCUACGGAGUAUAUUUUUAGAUAUCCAAAUGAGUUACUGAAAUUUCUCUAUUGUUCCACGCCCUAUCCACAACCAUUCUUGUUGUAAAAGUGUGCAAACGCUUUUUGGACAAUCCAUGAGUCGUCUACUGUUCCAGAAAACGAAGAGUAGACGACGCACCGCUGCUAUGGGUGAGCACUCGACGCCGCACCACUACUCUUCUUUUACACUGAACGACGCACCGCUACUCUUCGUUAGCACCUGACGGCGCAGCGCUGCUCCUCUUUAACCGUCGACGACCCACCAAUUCUGGAGACUUCUCCUGCUUUGCAUUAACCUGCUAAAAGGAACAACAAUCAGCUCUCACAAGUUUCUGCUGUUUCUGACAUGGUAAUUAGAUGGCCGAGGAUGCUAACACCUACCCAACUCUCACAGAUUAUUCGUGAACAGAAGAACCCACUAAAAGCCCUUGAAAUCUUUAAUGAAGUGAAGCAUAGAUAUCCAAAAUACAAUCAUAAUGGUCCUGUUUACGAAGCCAUGAUAAACAUUCUAGGAAGCAAUGGUCAGCUGACUGAGAUGAAACAUGUUAUUAACCAGAUGAAGGAUGAUUCAUGCCAGUGCCAUGACUCAGUCUUUGUGAGUGCAAUCAAGACCUAUGCAAAAGAAAAAUUAAUCAAUGAGGCGGUUUUGCUUUUCAAAAGCCUUCCACAGUUCAACUGCGUUAAUUGGACUCGAUCUUUUAAUACUAUGUUGGAAAUACUUGUGAAAGAGUCUAAGCUUGAUCACACAUAUCACAUCUUUCUUGAGAAUUCAAGCCGAUGGGAAGUGAAGUCUCGGACUUUUUCUUUGAAUUUACUAAUGGAUGCCCUUUGUCAAAUGAAAAGAUCCGAUCUUGCCUGUCAUAUUUUCCAAGAGAUGAGCCAUCAAACCUGCUGCUGUGCAGACAAGGAAAGUUAUAGGAUUUUGAUGAGCGGCCUGUGUCAAGAAAAGCGGUUUGACGAGGCUAUUCAUCUAUUGUAUUCAAUGUUCUGGAGGGUUUCAUCAAAGGGCAGCGGUGAAGAUGUUGUAGUAUAUAGAACACUUUUGGAAGCGCUGUGUGAUAAUGGGAAUUUUGAUGAGGCACUUCAGGUUCUUUCAAAGGUAUUGCAUAAAGGGCUUAAGUCUCCUAAGAGACACCGAAGGCAAAUUCAAUGCCACUAUGAAUCAGAUAGUUACCGUUUGAAUUCAUUUAUUAAUGAAGCUUUAAUCACGGGCAUAAUUCCGAGUCAUAAGAGUUACAGGGAACUGGCAAUUGAUUAUUACUUCGGAGACAAGAUUGAUGAAGGUAACAAAGUGUUGAAUGAAAUGUUUAAGAAAGGGUUUAGACCAUCGUUGGAGAUAUAUGAGGCCAAAUUGCUGGCAUUGUUUAGACAACAUCGGGUUAACGAGGCCAUGGAGGUUGUUGACCAAGACAUGGUAGGUAGCAAUUGUCUUCCUAAUGUUAAGUUGUAUAAUACUCUUAUAAAAGGACUCUGUGAUGAAAAAAAACCGGAUUUAGCCAUCAAGUAUUUUGAGAAAAUUCAAACGCAGCUAUGCUGUGUUGCCAACAAGGACACUUAUGAGAAUUUAGCUGAUGGACUAUGUCAUGAAGGUAGAUACACAGAAGCAAGUCUUGUGCUGGAGAGAAUGUUGAAUAAUUCUUAUUGGCCUCGAGUUGAAACUUUUAAUGCUGUUAUCCACGGUCUUUGCUUGGUAGAUACUAAUUCACAUCAAGCAAUCAUGUUUUUAGAGGAGAUGGUUAGUCAAGCUAAGUUACCAGAAGCUCCUGUUUGGCAGUCACUAGUAGCAUCUGUUUGUACUGAAACUGCUGGAAACCGAUUUCUUUAUAGACUAUUAGAACGAUUGAGGAAGCCUUAAUUAUGGCACUUACUGUAUUAUGUGUAUGUAAUCAAUCAUAUAUGAUUUUUUAAAUAUGCAUGUGUCUCUCGCCUUGAACAAUUAUUUAAUAAGCUAGGUAGUAAUACGUAGUAUUUACAAAUGUUAUUUUUCAACUUCUUCAUGCAACUUUUAUCUGAAACUUCCUGAGUAAUAUGUAGUAAUACACUAAUACGUACAAGUAGUAUAUACCAAUCUAGCUUAUUUCCUUUGAGAUUCAACUUUAUUAUUUGUUUCAUUGUGCACUUUUACUUACCUGUUUUAAGUAGAUUCUGGGAGACUGAAUGAAUCGCAAAUACUGUGGUGGAUCAAGAGAUUGGAGCUAAGAGUAUGCACUUUGUCUAUUGCACGCUGAUCAAUGCUAUCUGGUGUCACUAGAUGAUUGGAAACCUUAUCUAAGGGCUGAUCAAUAGAAACCUUGUCUAGGGAAUGAUCACCAGAGACCUUGUCUAGGGGAUGAUUACUGGAAACCUUGUCUUGGGGUUCAUCAUGGUCAUUUAGUGACACUAUAUUAUUGGAAACAUCAUCUUGGAGAUGGCCACCAAAAUCAGGAGAAACUGUAUUAUCUCCAAGUAGAUCCAUAGAGGGAUUCAGCAGUACUGCAUCAUAUUCUUUUGGCUUUUCCUCUUCAAGCAUUGGCCUCUCUGAA